GCAGAUUACUAUGCGGUAGGGGUAGAUGUCCCGAUAUUUCUUCAAUAUGCCGUUCAGAUCCUGUAGCUGAGCAAAUGAUUUAGGAAUCCCAAGUUUGGGCCGAUCCUCUCUGAGAACAGUAAGGUCCGGUGCGAUGUAUGAACUCGGAAUGCGCACUCAUCCAGCGUGGGCAAUGCCACCCACAGUAUGCUUCCCAGAACUACGGUGCUGACAAUGAACACCGCUGCCAUCUUGAGGGUUGCAUUCAGAACAAGCCUUCUCGAUGAGGGCCGUCGGGCGGGUCCUGACCGAAGGAUGCCUUUGGGCAAAUGUCGACCCGCACCGGGUACAUCCCGCAGAGUGUAUUCACUGGCAUUGGCGUGCUGGAGGCUCAGAGGGGUAGGAACAGGUCGAACGGGCAUUGAUCCGACA